AAAUUUCGUGUUUUGCACAUUUUCCCGUUGAUUUCGGGGUGAAAACCGGCCAAUGUCAUCUAAUCUGCAAUGAGAAGCCUUGCUAACGUGUGUCUCUCUAGAGUAGCUGCGCUGUUGUCGCUUUGCUUGCUGUCCAAUCUGACAUCAUGGAGCUUAUUGCUGAAGCCCACAGUGUUCCUGCGGUACUUCUGUGUGGCCUAUGGGGCUGUACAGUUUCAUCUGAAGGUUGAUGUUCAGAAGAAGAACAAUGCUACAAACGCUGGUGCCGUGUCAGGGAGGCCUGUCAGGGGAUGGAAGAUUUCCUCCUUUGUGAAAGGGUUCCUGUUCUUCCUAUUGAGUAUCUUGUCAUUCCACAUCAUAGCAGUGCUGUAUGGAGCUCCUCUGCAAGAAGACACUGAGGAAACCUUCUCCUGGGCCCUGCUCAUGGCCACCCUCACAGCCCUGCCCUGCUGGUGCAUGCUGGGAUCUCGUCUGGAAACAUGGGUGGCAGUCGUGCUCAACAGACCUGAGUCAGAAAAUGAGAGCUUCCUGCAGACGACAGUGUUGUGCACAGUGGUUGGAGCCUGGUUGGGAGCUUUCCCCAUUCCUUUAGACUGGGACCGGCCAUGGCAGGUCUGGCCCAUUCCCUGCUCCAUUGGUGCUCUCCUUGGUCACACUGUGGGACUUGUACUGUCAGCUAUACAGUCAAAGAGACACAGACUAGACACAAAAAGCAAAAUGGUGUGAACAGGACAAACCAACAUCAGAGCUGUGUCCUCAAAGAAAAAUACUCGACCAUGUAUACCAGGAAGAAAUGAAGGCUCUCUCAGCCAUACGUCUCUUAUACUACAGUACUACUUGUGGAUGUAUGUAUUGUAAUGUGAAUAUUGAAGGACACAAGUACUACCACACCCGCAGUAUUGUUGAUGUUACCCAUAUGGACUAAUUAGGAGUAACAUUACCUUCUAAAAAUGUGGUAUGUUAAAUGUGGUAUCUGUUAUGGCAGGACAGCAGCUAUGUAUAGUUAUGUACAUGUAUGGUCAAAAUGUGUAGACAAUGUCAUAGAAAACUAGUUCCAAGGACUUUUAGCUGUUUUCAAGCUUUAAUGUUCUCUUUGUUGUUGUUUCUGGCAUUACUGUACAUAUAGGUUGCAAUAGGCUAGAUGACUGGUCUCUAUCUCGCUCCUGUGUAGUUUAUACAUUCCAUCCCAUGGCUGUUUGUUACACAGUUGUACAUUACCACUGUAGCAAGCUGACACUGCAACAUUGAUCCCUGUCCACUGCACACUUUCACAUCCAACAUCUCCCUACAGUAUACCAGUAAUCUGCUGGGUCAUUCAAGCCAUGUUUUAUUU